AGAUUCUGCCAGUGCUGUGACUGCUCUAGAGAAGGUGACUCAAUUAGUAAUUCUUCGAACUCGCGUUCUUACGAAUGGUGAUUGCGAAGUCACGAAGGAUUUUUAACAUUGAAGCCGAUUGACAGGUAACAAAACUUUUGGACUUGGGACAUAUUAAAAUUUCCGUUACAAAAUGAUAAAAAUAUUUGUCCUUUUGGUACUCAGUACAAUAUGUGUCAUAAUCAAUGCUCAGGAGACGGCAUCUAAUGAAAAAACAUUUUUUGGCCAGACAUUUGAUGAAAUUGUCGUAUCGUCGGACUUAAAUGUUAGAAGAAAAUCAAAGGAAAAUCGUCAAGGCAAACGAUUAUCAAACGUGCCGUCAGGAACUACUGGUCCGCCGGAAAAACCAACUGCAAUUGCAUCCAGACUCGUUUCCGCCGAUGGAAGCCGUAUAACGCCGGAGCAGAGGGAAAAGCGUGGCAUUGUUACAGCGCGAAGGAGGUAUUUGGAUUUGGGCGUUGCGGGAUACUUGCUGAAAUCUCGGAAACGGUGAAAAUUAUAUUCCGGGGACAACCGCACGACCCUCCACAUCUUCAUCUGUGAUUACACUUCUUUCGAUGAACCUUUAGGCCACGGCUCAUGUAACAAAAAGAAUAAUAAAAUUUUUCUGUUUCAUAACA